GAACGAAACGAAAGCUUCCAUGUUUUGUGAAAAUAAAUAAGUUUUCUUGCCGAAUAUUGAAUGGAUUGAUACAGACGUAUAAUUUAGGAAAAUAAAUAUUUAAUUCUAAUAGUUAGGCCAAACAUAUUGAUCAUUCUGGAUUCCCAAAAGAGGACUUAUUUGGACAUCUACAAGAUGGAUUUGGCGGAGACCAUGAAGAGCGUUUUGGCAAAGAGUACAGGGGGUUCCAGUAGCGCGGCUGCGAGUUCGAGCACGUCGACCCCGCACGGCGCUGAGGGCUAUGUUACCGAGAAACUGUACAUGUUAUUGCAGCUCUAUUUGCAAAACAAAGGCUGGAGCCCGAGUAUAGAGCUUCUGCAGUGCUUUAGUGAUCUAAAAGAGUCUUCCAUGCUUCCAAGUGCAGCUUACUUGCAAAUGAUGGCAUCCAGAGUGGGGCUAGAUACACAGGGGAGGCUUAUAUUGCGUGAGAAUGGCAAGAUAAUCUUACCUUAUGAGCAUUUUGCCAAUGCUGUCAUGCUGAAACACAUGAACGGACCACAUGGGCUCCAUCUGGGAUUAGAAGCCACAGUCAGAGCUGUAGUUGAAUCAUACACAAUCGGUAGAGAACAGUUUGGCAUGGAGAAAGAGUUUAUAGUAGAGGUGGUGCAGAACUGCCCAAACCCUGCUUGCCGCUAUUAUAAGAACCAGUUGGAGAUGACACAAAAGACCAUACAGCAGCAUCUGUCUCAGCAGCCUACUUAUAUACCUGAGGCCGGCGCCGGCGGUCUCUCGGAGAGUAGCGCGGUGGAGCGUCUGUUGCGCGGGUCUCUGCCGCAGGACUACCAGCUGCCUCUGGCGCCGCACCUCGCCGCACUCAGUGAGUUACUAUCAAGUCUUACAUCGGACAAGUCAGACCGUCGUGCCCAAGAGAAGUUAUCUCAACACCAGCAGAUGCUUCUUCAGCAUCAGAACAGGUCUCUGGGUCACCAGGCCCUGGACAAGUACAGCCACUCACAGCGGUCAUCUAGCUCCUCGCAGUCCGGCCUAGAGAGCAAAUCCAAACAUCACUACACGGAUGAACACAAACUCACUGACUUUUUAAGAGCGAACCUAGAGAGCCUGGAGUCUCUCAGCGGUGGCGGCGCGCACACGGAGCGCGCGAGCAGCGCGGCGGGCGGUGGCGGGGCGGCGGGCGCGGGCGGGGCGGGCGGGGCGGGGGGCGCGGCGGGCGCGGGCGCGGGCGGGCAGGAGCGCGUGGUGCGCGCGUUCGCGGAGCUGGCGCGCAACCUGCAGCGCAUGCGGCCCUGCGUCCGGCCCGCCAUGUGCAAGCCCUACGGCAAGCAGAGCGAGCAGCUGCAGAAGAUUCUGCUGGACACGAUCCAACUGGUGCAGUCUCUCCGCAGCUACCUGCCGCCGCCGCACAUACAGGUCACCUCGUGGAAGAACGACGAUAAACUACGUUCCAACAACAUGGACGAGCUGGAAAGCCGUAAGAUAGUGAGCGGCAACUAGCCGGACUCCGCCGCCGGCUGAGCGCCGUACGGACCCAUAUCAACCAAACACUAAUGUACGUCGCUUUGUCUUCGUCUCAUAGCGUUUUUCGCCGGACUUGGUGUGUGAUUUUUUUAUUUACUUAUCGAGAGCCCGCAGCGUCGUGUUUUCGUGUUUGCAAACACGUUACAUUAUUUACAAUGAUAAGAGAUGAUACAAAUAUGAAUAAGUAUCUACUAAAGGAAAGAAAAAGUAAAACAUAAAAUGUAGUUCAAUAUAAGUGCAAUAUAAUGGAAGUUAUUUUAUAAUUUUUCAAAUUUGAUUCAUCGGAGUUGAAAUCGGAGUCGAUGUUAAACUUAAAAACUAAAUUAUGAACAACAAUUGAAAAAAACAAAUCGACGAAUUUGACUUUAAAAAGCACGUAUCGGGAGGAUCGUUUCUACGGUCUGUUACUUCGGCCUCUGAAUCCGAUUGAAAAGUUUCGGGAGUCAAAGUCGGAGUCAAAAACGGAGGUGUAAGAUUAAUUGUAAGUUCCGACUUCGCAGUCAAAGCUCCGUAAAAUCUUUGCCACAAUAGUGAUGUGGACAAUUUUUGGAAAAGUGUUUAAAACCAUGCAUAAGUACCAAAUAUAACCCAAACUAUUUAUUAUUAUUUUUUAUUACAAGUUAUACCUUUAAAAUAAUUUAUUUAAAAUUCCAUUUAAAAUUUCGCCAAAACCUGUUAAACGCCCGCUGUGACGUCACGUGUUACACAAAAUUGUCGAAGUUGUAUGUAAAGAAUAGUUAUUUCGAAGUAAUGUGAUAAUAAUAUGGAUUCUACAUUUUAUAAAUAUUGUGCGGUGCCGCAGUUUAAAAGUACACCUAUUUAAACACCUGAAAAACUGUUUAUUCACGUUCCAUGUACAAAAACGAUGCGGAAAAAGUGGCUUCAAUUAGCCCGUCGGGAUCUGGCCCUUGUAUCUACACAAAGUAAAAUGUAUUUCUGUGAGGAUAAUUUUGAUGUAAGUUUGAUUAAUAUUUGUUACAUUUAACUUUGCACAAUUUUGCAUCUUGACGAAGUUGGACAUAUCCUACAGCAUCGUCUCCAUAUGACUGCCUCGAGGAACUAAAAAGAAAUGAAACAAUUUGUUAUAAAGAUAAAAAAUAACCUCAAAAUCAUAUAAUUUUAUUUUUACCUUAUAAUUUACCUUUUCGAGUUUUAAAAUACCUACUAUUACUAUAAUAAUGUAUCUUGAGUAUGUUACUUACAUGGAUGUCUUCACAUUUCUAAAUUCAGCAGAGCAGAAGUUACUAUUCGUCGCGAAGAAAUUAGCCACCGUAAACCAAUCAAUUCUUGGCAAAUUUGAACUAUCUUCCUUAAUAUAUCCACUUUCCACUAUGGGAAAACCUUUAAAAAAUUAUUCAAAAAGAUAAUCGAGCAAAUUUCGAAGAAGUUUCACGGAAAUCACAGUAAUAAUAUGAUCCAAAUAUCAACAAACACCAUAGUACUUGACAGCGAAAAGUCUUGUAUUGCAAGACGUGACGUCACGCAUUUUGGUUUGUCACGUGACUUGAGGGUGAAAUAUUUAAUUACAUUUUAUUAAAUAAAAAAAUAAUCCCUUGUUUAUUGAGGAAAAUAUUGUGUUUUUUUUAUUAUUUUUACUAUAGAAACUACCCUUUCGUGGUAAAUAUUUAUUCUUAUUUGAGUACAGUCCACAUCCGAAUAAUAACUAUCAGAAUUAAUUUCCUUGUUUCGGUAGCAAACAAUGUUCUUCUGUUCGCAAACAUGGCGCUGCGGUCUCGUUUUUGUAACAUGACGGGGUCUUAUUUAUAUAUUUUUUUACAAAACCGUAUGUAUUUGCAUAUAAUUAGGUUUAUAUUGGUACAGUGAAUUUUUUGUUUGUCCAGAAAACGAAAGCUUUAUAUUUUACAUUUAUUUUUGUAGGUGUUAGGUUGAUAAUUUUAAAUAUUAGAAACUUAUAUUUCAUUGAAAGGGAUUUGACAUUUGUUGUUAGUUAGAAAUACGUAACAAAUGUUUGUAGGAAUGUUCACUCGUAUUAUGUGUGAACGUAUUUAUAUAGGAAUAAGUUUUUUAUACUUUCAACACAAAAACGGUUGCAAUAAAAUAUUAAUGAAGUUUCAUUUUGAAUUAUUAUAGUUCACAUUUGUUAGUGUUUGUUGUCUUAUUGUGCACUUUUACUAUAUAAAUAUUUGUAUAUGAUUCAAGUUUUGCGUGAACCGUUUUGCUUCCAAUUAUUUAAUAUGCAGUAAUGUUUUAGUGAGUUCAAUCUCGUUUACCGUCGUAAGUGCAUUAUUUACACUGUGAUAGAGGUGUAAUAGGUGUAGAGCGGAGUCUUGACAUAAAUGUAACUUAGACACGUAAAUUAUUUGGUAGGGAUGGAUGCGCGUGCUAUAUCAUUGAAUAAUAAGCUUGCAUAAGUAUAGAAUGUGAAUGAAGCGGGGGAAGUAUGCAAGGAUCGUGGCAAGUGGAAGAUGUAGACUCUGCCUAUCCCUCCGGGAAAGAGGCGUGAUUUUAUGUAGGUAUGGAUGUUUGUACAAAUAUAGAAGAUAUUCAACAUUUUCAACCAAACUUCCUUCUACGAUUUCUAAGAUGAUUUCAUUUUACUUGGCUACUGCCUUUUUCACGAACGUUGACAAAACAUAUGGCCAUCUUCUCUCACUCAAUCUGUUCAGUUAACGUCAAUGAUAGAAUAUGAUAAGACAAGCUUUGUCAACGUUCGUGAAAAGACCCGUUGAAAAACAUUAAACUGGCAAUUAAAGUGUUUAUAAAUACACUACAAUUAUACCUAUUUAAAUAUUAAUAUUUUAUUCAGAAGUAUAAGGUUGUUUAAGAUUUUACUGUAAUGAAAGUGUUGCGUUGAAACAGAGUAGUUACUCUUCAAUGAUGUACCACGCCGCAAAUGUGCGCAUUUCAAUAACUUCGAUCGCCACGUCUUGUCUUGUGAAUAAUAGGGAGUUAGUAUCUUAUUGAAGACUGCAAUUUUUUCACGUUUAGCUAAUGUUGCCUGUGAAUGUUUCGAGUAAGGUUCGGUUAGUUGUGUGCUGUACACUGAGACUCUGAUUAGGCAUUGGGAAUGUGUAAUAAAAAUUAAUCGUAUUGAAAAACAACAUUAUUUUUCGGUAAAAAAUAUAAAUAUUUUUUCACAGAAAAAUAUAAAUUUAUCUCAUUUUUUUAUUUGAUAUAUAAUUGAGCUGAGAUUUUUUAAAUUUUUUUUUAUUAGUAAUUAAAUUUUGAAUGGACGUCUCAGUGUUCAGUUAAAUGAUUGAAGGUGUUUCGAUCAUUGCCGUGUAUAGCUUGUAAAUAUUACUCAUGAUAAUACAUUGUGCUGAUAGAAUAUUUGACAGUGAGAAUUUCUGGGAACAUGUGCCGCUUCGAACUUGCUAUCAAAACACUUUUAUCUUUUGUAAGAUGCGUUGAUACGCUUAAAAGUAAGAACACUUAUGAACGUAUCUUCAAAACGGACUACAACUUUUAAUGUGAAGAAAUCUGACACCAAUAUUCCACCAAAUCUUCCGGUACUAUUUUAGUAAAAGUGGUAACGACUCAUUUAAGUUUCAAUGUAACUUCGCAAAAAGGGUGUAUGAUUUAUUUCAUAUAAUCUCAGAUGACUUUAAACCCUGAAGUCAAACCGAAUUGCUAUAUUUCAGUUCAAAUGUGCAAUAUAUGGCCGCUUUUCGCAAUUAUUUAGCCCUUUAACUUUUAUAAUAUCACCAAAUGCAUUACGGCAGGCAGGGACGAGUUUUGUCAUAAACCGCACAAUAUAUUAUCAUUUGUACUUAGUAUAAAAUGCGACGCUGAUAUAUAGCUAAUAUAUCCAAGACAUCACACUAUUGUGAAAAGAACUACAUAAGUAUGAUAGUGCAAUAAUAUUAGGCAAAGCCUACUUUAAAAUUAAAGUUUUGUAUCUUAGUGCUGUAAAUCUAAAUUAUAAAAAUAUAAUCGUAUCGCAUUCAAGGUGUGCAAGGUUGUAAUAAUGUAUUAGGACGCUUAGGCAUGUCGUGUCGUUAGGAUGUGCGUUAACAUCACUUUAUUUAUAACCAUUGUUUUCGAAUAAUUAUGUUUCUCCCUCAUUUUUAUAACUAAGUCGACAUGCAAAUCUCAAGACGUUUAUAAGUCAUUGUCUUUUGAAAUAAUUUUUGAAGUCGUGAAAAUGUAUUUUAUAUAUCCUUCUACUCUUAUUAUCAUAAAGAAAUAUUUUAGUACCUAUGUUGAUUUGUAGGAUCAUCCUUUCAUUUUUGAUUUGACUAUUGUCAAAUCGAGCAGCUUCUUAAUUUUAAGUACAUUAUUAUUGUUAAGAACUAUUAGUAAUUUGGAAAGGAUCAGUAAAAUCUGUCUGUCGGUAUGUAAUCCAAAUAUUAUACGAGGCUAUUUCGAAUUCAUCACUUACUAACAAUAUCAAUGCGCCUAGUGUUAAGUUAAUGUUGACUGUAAAGUCUGCUUGGUGAAGUAUUAUAACCUAAUGAAAUGUAUCUGUAUUAGAUUAAGCGUUCUAGUCAAAAAUGGAUUUGCUAUGACAUUUUUUUUUUAUUGGAGUUAUAUAGUAUUGGACAUUGGCUUUAUUUUGUUUUUGGUUCGGCGAUAUAUUUAAUGCUCGACGCAUAAUCUUACGCAUUAGAACUAUUGCGGCGCCGCGUUGUGUCACCUUUAUUUAGCACCGCGUAUCGAAUACGGUGGUACUUAUUGGUAUUUAUUGCUCGUACCAAUUGGUCACGAACGAUGACAAGACAUUUGUCUCAACUAAGAUAAGACACAUCUUAACAACGUUCGUGAAUUUACGCCCAGCAUGGCACGCGUGACGACGUUUUUGUGUCGUGAUAAAGUGUGUUACCCAUUUCCGCACACGACGUAAUUUGACUUGAAGAUCGCUGGACAACACUAGCAGCGACGCCUGGCGACGACAUGGCGUCUGUCGGUCCGCCUUAACUUCUCAGGCGGACAGCCAUGACAAAGUUAUUGCAUCAGAACUUAAAGAAUUUAUAUUUUUACGAAGACCACACCAACAAACAGCCACAUCUCGUCACUUAUCGCUAAACGGGACAGCGAUAGUUUAUCGUGCAUGGUAUGCUAGCCCCGCAGGAAACACAACACCUUUCAACUAAUGCGUGCACAUAUGAGCGCUUUAUCGAAUUAUUGUACAACUGUUUUCUUUUCGUUCUGCGUGCGCUGUGGUAGUGUUAACUAUAUGCUUUUCACAACAAUCAAUCUACAAGGUGGGGGAUACAAUAUUUUUUUUGAACAUAACGACAAAAAUGAUCUCUGUGAUUUUCAUAUACAUGGAUACUUGCUAUUAUUGAAAUCACAUUACUAGCCUCGAAUAAUUCGUGACGGUGUUGUCAGCUGUAAAUAUGUUAGUUAUUCAUUUUAUUUACUUAUAUUAGUGGAUAGGAUUUUUAGCGUCAGUUUAGUUUUAUCUGUCAUUAUACCUAUUUAAAUUUUUAUUGUUUUAGAUAUUUUCUUUAAAAAAUGACAUAAACACAACCGAAUAGUAUGUACUACUCAAAAAUUAUUUUAUCGUAUUCUUUGUUAAUUUUUGUGGAAUAAUAGAUAUAUGUAUUUCAAUAAAUAAAGGUCUGUUGUAUUUAUGUUUAUGUUGUUUGAUAUGGAAUAGCUUAUCUAAUGCAUAUUUGAUCAUAUUUCAAAAUUAUUAAUUAAUAUUUGGAUCCUGUGAUAAAUUGUUUAUUUAAAUGCAACCAUUAGAAAAUUAUAAAAUUAUCGUUGGGCAGUAUAAGUUCAAAACAGACUGUUUUAGUUCAUAUUUAUUUACUUUUGAUUAGUUCGGCCUUGUCACUUACUUUGCCGAAAUUACAAUUAUUAUUUACUCAAUAAGUGGUGAACAUAUAGCGGAUUGAAACGCAAUGCUUAGAAAUAAAUA